AUGUCUCCCAAAGCCCCCAAGGUCGAGCCAUUGAGCCCAGAUCAUUGGGACAAAUUUGCACCUCCUAUUGACCAGGAUCUAUGGAAGAGAUACAUGAAUGAAGAUGACUCUAACAGCGACGAGUCAGACACGGAGCAAGAAGACACGAUGGCUGGUCCAUCGGCCGACCCGAGAGGCGUGAAAGGAGACGCACAAGAAGUCAAGCCGGUCUCCAAGGCCGAGAUGAUCAAGGAAGUCCUGGAUGAUUCCUUCAAUGAAAUGAUCUACAACAUCUUGGACGGUAGUUCUACGGGAGAAGCUGCCAAAGAAGCCAAUCCUGCACCCGAGAAGGCCGGGACGAGUGAAGUCAGUGAUAAAACGACCACAAAAGACACGACUUCCACAUCGAGCGAGGCCAAGCCUUCCAAAACAAGUAACGACAAUGAAAGCUCCUCGACCAAACCCUCCAAAUCCGAGUCAGCCCUCCAAAUCUGCAGCAACUGCAACCUCCCGCGCCUAAAAUACCCCCGAAUCGGCCUGACAUCCCGCCCACUACCCGACCCAAACGCCUCCUACUGCGCCAACGAGCCACCUGUGGUCCUCGCCGGCCACGACGUCCACGGCAACGCCUUCCCGGGCUUCAAGCCCAAACCCAACGCCGCGGCUGCUGCAUCCAGCACCUCCAAAACCACCAAACCGAAGCCAAAUGGCAGUAAAUCGGACAAGAAAGCAGCAGCGGCAACAGCAGAUGCCUCGUCGCCUUCGGGCUCUCAAGACUCGUCCACCCCGUCGACCUCGUUCGAGUACCCCCAGAUCCGGACGCCGCAGAUGAAAUGCCCGAACAACUGCGGGCAAUGGAAGGCGGUCAAUGUGAUGGCGAAGCAUCUGGAUGCGUGUCUGUUGGGCAAGGGGAGGAGAGCGGGGAGGGAGGCGAGAGAGAGGAUUGGUGCUGGGACAGGCACAGGGAACGGGACGCCGGUGGAGGGGAGUAGGGCGGGGACGCCGAAGCCUGGGACUGCUGGUGCCGGGGCUGGAAGUGGGAAUGGGGGCGUGAAGAGGAAAGGGGUGGAUGAGGAAGGGGCCAAGGCUGGGGGUAAGAAACAGAAGAAGGGGAAAUAG